AUGUUAUUCGAACUCGCUCUCAGAAUCAUCCCAUCCCUUUACUUCGUUUAUCUGGUUACAUCUACCAUAUGGUACCUCUACCUCCACCCCCUCCACCGCAUCCCCGGCCCAAAAUCAUGGAUUAUCUUCCCCAUCCUCCGACAAAUCUCCGGCAUCCGCGGCAGAUUCGACAGCGACAUGCGCCGCUUUCACAAGCACUACGGAACCGCAGUCCGCUUUGGCCGGGCAGAAGUCUCCUUCAUCACCCCCGACGCGUGGAAGGAGAUAUACGGACAUGGUCACGCACAGUUACCGAAAGUGCUGACGUCUGUUAGUAACACGUCGGAUAUCAUUAGUUCGAAUGAUGCGGAUCAUAGUCGAUACCGGAAGGCGCUUUCGCAUGCCUUUUCUGCGAAGGGCCUGCAGGCGCAGGAGCCGCUUCUUAAUGGGUAUGUGGACAAGUUGAUUGAGAGGUUGAAGGGUAUGGCGGCGUCGGCGGUACCGGUGGAUAUGGUCAAGUGGUAUAAUCUGACGACGUUCGAUGUGAUCGGGGAUCUUGCAUUUGGGGAGCCGUUCGGGGGCUUGGACAGGGCUGAGUAUCAUUACUGGGUGGCGAUGGUUUUUGGGUUCGUCAAGGUUGCCCCAUUUGCGCGACUUAGGGAUGCGUAUCCGGUUGUAUUCAAAUUGUUGAAGACAUUCCUGUUGCCGAAGGGUUUGAUGGCCGCGAGACAAAGACAGAUCGAGCAUGCGCAGAGGACUGUUGCUAAGAGGUUGCAGAAUGCCAAUGCUUACCACCGGGGGGACUUUAUGGACUCGAUGCUGCGGCAUGCUGGGGAGAAAGAUGGGUUGUCUGUUGAGGAGCUUGAGGGGAAUGCGAAUAUUCUGAUUAUUGCGGGGAGUGAGACGACUGCGACGUUGCUUUCCGGGGUGACGUACUGGUUGCUUAGGACGCCUGAUGUUAUGAAGAAGGUUACGGAUGAGGUGAGGGGUGUGAUGCAGUCGGAGGCUGAGAUUACUUCAAACACUGUUGCUGCGAGGCUUCCUUAUAUGCUUGCUUGUCUUGAGGAGGCGCUUCGGAUGUAUCCUCCUGUUCCGACGGGGUUGCAGCGAAGGACUUUGACUCCGGUUCAGAUUGCUGGAUAUGAUGUCGCACCUGGUACAUCCGUAUCCGUCCACCAAUCCGCAGCCUACGCUUCCCCAGUCAAUUUCUACCUCCCAGAGCAAUUCAUCCCCGAGCGCUGGCUCCCAGAGGCCAAGGAUAAUCCAUCCUCGCCAUUCUUUUCGGACAGACGUGACGUGCUGCAGCCAUUCUCAGCCGGCCCGCGGAACUGUAUUGGGAGGAACUUGGCAUUUGCUGAGAUGCGGCUUAUUCUUGCGAGGGUCCUUUGGAACUUUGAUCUCGAAUUAUGCAAGGAGAGUGCAAAAUGGGCCGAGCAGAAGAGUUAUACAUUGUGGGAGAAGCCGGCUUUGAUGUGUAAGUUGAGGCCGCGGGCGUGA